CUCAAAUUAGGUCAUUUGGCUUUGUUCUAUGUGAAGCUUGGGCUUAAUUUGUUGGGCUCAAUCGUGUGGUUUCUCACUUUCUUUAGAGAUUAUGUGUGAAGGGUGAGGAUGUUGAAGAGUAGCUGUGUGCGUGUGUGCGUGUGUGUGGGCCCUUGUCCUCUAAAGGCUUUGUGGUACAGGCCAAGCACAACACAGCUGCCCACCCACCCAAUCUCUCUCUCUCCCCCUUUGAAGCCUGUCCCAGUCCAGUAGAGUGGUACAGGGUCAGGAUGGAGAGGAGGAUUAACGAGGCCCCGGGUAUAUAUGGAUGAAAGGAUGGUGGGAUGAAUGGUCUUUAUGAAGUGUUAGAGGAGAGGAGGCAAGGCCAGGUGAUGACAGCCAGUGGACUUCGCUUCUAAAGCGGACACUGCGAUGGAGAGCCCAGAUCUAAGGUUUAGAUUAAAGCCCAGAUCCGUCCUGGAAGCGCCGGUAUCGACUGCAUUUCCGGUGCCGGUGUUUACAGCCGUGUUUAGUGUGUGUCGCACCGCCAGCUGCCAGUGGAUGUCAGAUGUCUUUGUCGGGACGAGUCUAGAUUCGUUUGUGACGUGAACUCAGUUCAGGUUGUCGUGAUUGUGUUGUGCGCGAGGCCGCGCGGACUCCUCUUUGUAAUCGGUGUUAUUCCACUGGCCGUUCGAACGGAUUCCUCAGAUCAAAGACGAGCGGCGCCUGAACGCAGCGCAGAGAGCUCACCGCCAUCUUAAUCGUCCCCAGCGCUGAGCCGCGGCGCCGCGUGGCAAUAAACUGACAAUGAUUGAUCUACGGUAUGAUUGUUUAUUUUGCUGCGCUGUCAAUGAUGGAUGGAGAUUUGUGCGUAUUUGAGAAGUCUGUGGAAUAUGGCGGCGGGGGGGGUGAAUGAACUUCCCUCAAGGAGAAAUACCGGCAGGUCUCUGGGGCGCCUGGUUAUCAUACGCGCUCAGUUCAAUUUAUUUCUCCAGUGCCAAAUAAAAUAAUCCUGUGAAUCGUCACAUUUUAGGGAUAUAAAGGUUUAAAGUCGCUUAACUGACCCCCACACGGGGCGACAGUGGAGUGGAGGAGCUUCCAUCCAGCAGAACCAGGCUCUGGGUGGGUGUCCGCCCGCCUCCGCCGGCUGGGUUGACGCUGUGGUGCUGUAACAUGAAGAAUAAAUAGCUGUGGCGUCGGCGCAGAUCUGCCCGUGUUGAGGAAUGCGCCUUGUUUUCGUCAGCAUCUGAGAAUCCAGGAAUGCUGAGAUUGACUGCGGCCCGAACAGAAGUUUCCCUCGGCCGCCAUUGUUUUCCUGGCAUCGCUGCAGCCUCCGAAGCUCGUGGCAACAAAGCGCAUCUCUAUAAAAAAAAAAAAAAAAUCCCCUAAGCUGUUGUUAUUCAGUGGGCUCUGUUGCCCCGUGCAGAUGCCAGUAGAUUGAAUUCAUCCUCACAGAAACCGCAUACAAACGUCGCCUCUGUCCACACAUGACGGCCUCGCAGCAGCAGGACGGUUCUAACACCCUUAGUUCCCAUCCCCCCUCGGAGCCCAAAAGGGAGCGGUGAGUGAAUAGAAAGGGGAACUGGAGACACAAUGCCUACCUGUCCUGCCUCCCCCUCUUCCCCCCCCGCUCCCCCGGGUGACACCCCUUCUCUUCCUCCUCGCUCGUCGUCGUCUCUGGCAGAAACCGCCUGACUCCUGGUGGCUUUCACGCCGGCAGAUGGCUCAAGCUGGGAGUUUCUCCAGCCCAGACUCAAAACAAAAUCGAACCCCGAAUCCUCCAUCCCCGCUGUACUAAUGCAUUUCCUUCUUUUUUCUGGUUUUACUCAUAACAGACGCCUUGCUUGUCUGCCAGUUUUUCGUAGACCAUGGAAACCAGGCUUCCCCUUCCUCACAUCUUGGUUCUCCCUUUAAAGAAGCCAGCGUCUCUGUGAACGCGAGCUCGUCUGAAGACAAAGGGGAAAUGCCUUGCUUCCACCGCCGUGUCUCGACAACAACAACACUUAGCACGUUUGCACAUGGUUAGCGAGGGCGAGGUCCAGAGCGAGGUGAGCGAGCGCGGCGGCGCUGGAGCACGCGCUGUGGACCGGCAGCGGCGUCCGGCGCUCCCCCGGUUUCGAGCGUCAAAGCCUGACUUUAAAGGAGCGUUUUUAUGUUGCUGAAUGGAAGCUGAAGACAUAAAAGCUCUUUUAGGUUAUUUUCAAAGCCUCGGAGGUGAGAAGCGCUGAUCCGGGACAACGGGGCCGUGACAGCUUUACUUCAAUUUGGGAUCAGGCUGGUGCGAAACAGUGCUUGAUACGAUGUUGGGCCGGAGAAUCCAACACUCCCAUUUCACCUUUCAGUUUCAAAUUAGAACCAUGUGACCAUAACCUCUUGUGGGCAGAGGAUUUGCACCCCAUCGGCAACUGAAAGGAACCCUUUUUCUUUUUUCUGCCUGGGUCCGCCACAGCACUUUGUCAUGUAAAGAGGCUCUUAUCUGGCUCUGGUUGGGGGUAAAGAGGCUGGAGAGGAAUAGCUAGCUGGAUCCCUGGGGCCAGUGGAGAUUGACGCAUGGUAAGUAAGUGACUGUGAUUGACGGGUCCUUUGAGCGGAAUGGCUUGUGCCCGCCCAGCGAUGCGUCUUCCGGGAGGUCAAUUCUGACCCUUUCUGGCCACCUGCUUGCCCCGACCCUUGACCUUUAUCUGGACUUCAGCACUGAAAGGCCCACGUCAUUGUCGCGCUUUAACUGCCUGUGGCCUUUCAUGGGAGGUUAUUAUGCAAGGGCUCUCUGUUUUUUCCACUACGUACACAAGCCGUUCUAUAGUUGAAUACAUCAUUUUAAUGCUGCAGUGCUUCUCUACCUACGCGCUAAAUACCUAUGUGACCCCAUUUUUACUGCUUGAAAACUCGGAGCCAUCUCGCUGAACGUUUCCGCUAACGAUUUCUCAAUUUGGCCCAGGUUGCCCACCUCCCACCGCAGCCUCUGCUGUGCUCCUUGAGCGCUACAUUUGUUCUGCGGGCCAACAAUGACAAGUUAAUGGCUCAAGCAACGGCUGGGAAAUGUAGCGAUUUUAUAAAGCGUGAUUUAAUUUCCCUCAUUCGGGCUAAAUUGGACUGUGGUGUUGGCGUAAAUAAAUAAAAAGCACCUGGACCUGAGUCAGUCGAACGGUGCUCUCUGCUCUGAAGGUUGCCGUCGUAGAGUCGUAAUGGUGUUUUCCUGACUUGAUUUGAGGACCUUUUUAAUGAUUUUCAAUGAUGCAUAUUACACAUUUAUUAUCGUUAAGGUUUCAUCAAACUUUAUUGGCGGCGGAGGUUUGAGUUGUUUGAGUCUAACGUUAUUGCAGCAUAUGUGGUUUGGGUUUAAUGCAUAUUCAGUUUCAGGUGACAUUAUGUAGACGCUAAAAGGUUUCACGCCGACACACACGUGAAUUGAAGGAGCACACACCCUCCCCUCUCCCACUCCCUCCCUCCUCUCUUUGAUAGAGAAUUAUCUCGGUGACCAGGAGACGCACCAAAGUAAUAACAGGCCUUAACUAUUGACCCACCCCACAGCGUCUGCACAGCACUUUGCUGAAUAACGCUGCUGACGCCAGCUCCCGCCAUGCAACGCAAGCCCCUGUGUACACAUGGAGUCUCAUUUCCAUGAGGAACCUAGUUCAGUAGACCUGGAGCCAGAGGGACGACAGCGAUGGGAUCCCGUGGUCGGAGGAGCGGAUGAUGCGGAAGGUGCUCUACCUCUCCCUAAAGGAGUUCAGGAGCGCGCAGAAACGGCAGCUGGACGAUGGGACCACAACCACCAACGGUUCCCUCACCAACGGGGGCAUCUCGGGGUCAAAGGGCAGCCACAGAGAAGACGGGUCAUUACGCUCCAAAGGCCUGGCUGGGAGCAGCGAGUACUGCGAGGACGGUCCUGCAAAGAAGAGGCCUCGACUCCAGGCUCAGAGGAAGUUCGCCCAGUCGCAGCCCAACUCCCCCAGCACCACGCCCAUCAAGGUGGCCGAGCCCGGCGGCCUGAGCGCGGCCCCGCCCCCGGCGCCGUCCGCGUCGCUGUCGUCGCUCGCCUCCGCGUCCCUGUCCGCCUCCAUCCAGGAGCUGUCCCGACGCAAGCCCAAGACGGAGGACUUCCUCACCUUCCUCUGCCUCCGAGGCUCAUCGGCGCUGCCCAACAACAUGGCCUACUUCGGGAGCUCCCAGGAGGAGGACGACCUGGAGGAGGAGGACGAGGAGGAGGAGGAGGAGGUGAGGAACGGCGGCGGCGGCGUCCACUCGCACGGCGCCGGGAGCGGCAGCCAGGCCUCCACCUCCUCGUCCUGUCACUCCACACCCUGCAAGGGCCGGCCGGCGACCAGGCAGCCGCUCAACGGCCACGUGUUCAACAGUCACGGCAGAGCGGGCACCAGGGAGAGUCCGAGGCCCAAGGCCGGGGCCCAUGGCAGGGACGUGCCGGCGCCGCCGCCUCCUCCGCCGCCGCCGCCGCUCCUGCGGGAGCGCAGCGAGCGGGCGGAGGCGCGGGAGCACGCCAGGGAGCAGGCCAUGGCCGGCGGUCGGGGCUCCGCCAGCGGGGGGCCGCUGAGGAGGGCCGCCGAGGAGCUACGCAAGCAGGUCUCCAAAGUGAACGGGUUGACGCGGGCAGGCUCGGCACAAGCUGUGGGUAGUGCCAAAAAGAGCUGUGACUUCCGACUGCCGUCCAAAACUGUGAAGAAGUACACAGCCACCGUGUCCAAGGGCCACGUCACCUACACCAAAGCCAAACAGAAAGAACUGGGCAAGAAAACCAAACUCAGCAGCAACAAACACAACAGCGCCGCCUCGGCACCAUCGUCAGCGAACAAUCACAAUCAGCACAGCCAGCCAGCAGCCAGCAACGGGCUGGCCCACUCAGGAAAAGCAGCGGCACCAGCCCACCACAGCAAUGCAAAAACCCGCAAACAGGUGCUACUCUCCGCCGGGCCGCACCACGCGGCCGCCGGCGCCCGCCUCAACGGCCGGCUCAACGGCCAGCGGCACAACAGCCUGGCCAGGGAGGCGGCGCCGAAGCCGUGCCCCGGCGAGUGCCCGGGCCGGGAAGGCCUGCGCAACUCCAAGCGGCGCCUGGAGGGGGCGCUCGGCUCGGCGGGCGGCGCCGAGCCGAGCGCCAGGGCCGCCGGCGCGGACGCCAAGAGGGCCAGGCUGCAGUCGGCGCCCGUGGAGACGCGGAGCAGCAGCAAGAAGGCGGCCCCUCGAGACAAAGCCGCCGCGGCCCCACUUUCCAAUGGACACGAACCAGAAACGCCCGCCUCCCCCAAGCAGACCCCCCCCGCCACCCCCCCUCCUCCCCCCGUCACACCGCCCCCUCCUUCCACACCAGCAGCCAACGCGGAGCCGGUGAACCAGCGACCCAAGCGGGCGUCGGCGGGGAAGCUGAUGUUGAUACGACAAGCACAGCAGCAGCAGAGCAGGUCUCACGCUCGGAGCUCCUCCUCCUCCUCCCCCUCAUCCGGCCCAAAUCACCCACAGAACCCAAGUGGUGCCAGCACUACCUCAGACCCCCAGCAAACCUCUGUGUCCUCCUCCGCCGCCGCCGCCGCCUCCCCCCCGCUGGCUUCGGCCGGCAGCCCCGGACAGCUCAGAGCGGCGGCGCCGCGGCCCGCCGACCGCGACAAGGAGUGGGAGCGCGAGAAGGAGCUGACGCGGCAGAAGGAGCGCGAGCAGGAGAAGGAGUGGGAGCGCCAGCGGAGCCGGUCCGAGGGCUGGGCGGCGCUGGGGGCCGUGCCCGUCUGCCGGCCGGCGCCGCGGGAGUUCCAGGACCCCCUGGUGUACCUGGACUCGGUGCGGGAGCAGGCCGAGGCGGCCGGCAUGUGCCGCGUCAUACCGCCUCCGGACUGGCGGCCGGAGUGCAAGCUCAGCGAGGAGAUGCGGUUCGUUACACAGGUGCAGAGGGUCCACAUGCUGGGCCGGCGGUGGGGCCCCAACGUGCAGCGGAUGGCCUGCAUCCGCAAGCACCUCAAAUCUCAGGGCAUUACCAUGGACGAGCCACCUGUCAUUGGUGGCUGUGAAGUGGACCUGUCACGUUUUUUCCAGCUCAUCAACGACAUGGGCGGCAUGCAGCAGGUGAUGGACCUGAAGAAGUGGACCAAGCUGGCGGACCUGCUGCGCAUCCCCAAGUCCGCGCAGGACCGCCUGGCCAAGCUGCAGGAGGCCUACCUCCAGUACAUCCUCUCCUACGACUCGCUCGGCGCCGAGGAGCGCCUGCGCAUGCAGGCCGAGGUGCUGCAGGAGAAGAAGAGCCUGGAGUCGCGGCGCGGCCCGCUGGAGGGCCUGUCGGACGCCGCGGCGCCCAACGCUCUGGUGCUGCCGCGGUACGAGCCCAAGAACGGGUUGGUGGGCGGCGUGGUGGGCGGGGCCACGGGCCACCAACGCACCAAUGGAGUGUAUCACCGUCUGAAGGAGCUGGAAGCUCAGGUCAAAGCGGGCCGGCGCCGGCUCUUCGCUCAGGAAAAACAAGGCAAAGAGGACAGGCAGCAUGAGGAGGAGCAGGAGGAGCAGGACAGGGGCGUUCUCAGUGACCAGCACAAAUGUAUUUACAAGGGUAAAUCGGUGUCUUUGACGAACUUCUUCAGGAUAGCCCGAAACACCAUGACUAUGUGCUUUAACAAGGAACCAGGGGCCGCUGAGGUGGAGCAAGAGUACUGGAGGAUCGUGGAGCAGAGGGACACCCACGUGGCAGUGCAUUGUGGGAAGGUGGACACCAGUACACAUGGCAGUGGUUUCCCCACAGGAAAGUCAGAGCCAUUUUCAAAACAUGGAUGGAACCUCACUGUCCUUCCCAAUAACUCUGGAUCCAUUUUGAGGCAUCUGGGUGCUGUGCCUGGGGUGACCAUUCCCUGGCUAAACAUCGGCAUGGUCUUUUCUACCUCAUGCUGGUCUUGUGACCAAAACCGCCUUCCAUAUAUUGAUUACUUACACACUGGUGCUGACUGCAUUUGGUAUGCUAUCCCUGCUGAGGAGAAGGCUAAGCUGGGCGAGGUGGUCCAUACACUGCUUCAGGCUAAUGGCACCCCAGGACUAGAAAUGUUGGAGAAGAACAUAAUGAUCUCUCCAGAGGUGUUGUGCCGCGAGGGCAUCAAGGUUUAUCGCACGGUCCAGCGGAGCGGCCAGUUCGUGGUCUGCUUCCCCGGUGCCUUCGUCUCUAAAGUGUGCUGUGGCUACAGUGUAUCAGAGACGGUGCACUUUGCCACACCACACUGGAUGAACCUGGGCUACCAGGCUUCAAAGGACCUGAAAUGUCGCCGCAUAGCCAAGCCGUUCUCCAUGGAGAAGCUACUGUACCAGAUCGCUACGGCCGAGUCCAAGAGGGACAACGGCUUCCUCCUCUCCACCAUCUCCGCCCUACUCAAAGACCUCAGGAACAUCGAAAUGCGCCAGCGCCAGGAACUGUACAAGGCAGGUUUGCUGUCAUCCGCUCGAUACGGCACCCACGACGGCAACCUCGUCCCCGGUGACGGGCGCAAGAAGCCCCGUGGGAAGUGGCUGGCGCUGGAGUCGUCAGAGCGACGCUGCCAGAUCUGUCAGCACCUCUGCUACCUGUCCAUGGUGGUUCAGGAGACUGACAACGUGGUCUUCUGUCUGGAGUGUGCCCUGCGCUACGUGGAGAAACACAAGUCCUGCAGAGGCCUUAAGAUGAUGUACCGAUACGAUGAGGAGCAAAUCAACAGUUUGGUGAACCAGGUGUGUGGACGGGCCAUGAUCAAGAACAGCGGUGGCGUGGUGGUGGUGAGCGGAGCGGGGGGGGACCCCUGCCUCGGCUUGAGCCCCAAAGCGUCGCCGGCCAAGCGGGGCCCCCGCAAGCGCGCCACCGUGGAGGUGUCCCUGGCACGUCUGUCCUCCAGCCACAUGCCCAAAGCGGCGGCUGUGUCGUAAAGGCCCCGCCUCCGCCCUCAGUCCUUUCACAUUAAGCCAGGCUCACUAUCAAUCCAUCCACCCAAUAUUUAAGAGAUUGUUUUUGAGCUUUGAGAAAAACCCUCAACUGACCUCAGUCCCCCCCCCUCCAAAAAUAUUCACCUCCCUCCUUAGUAUGACAGGCUUGUUUGUAAAAAAAAAAUAAAAGCAAAAAAAGAAAAAAAAAUGGGGAAAAAAGAAAAGCAAGAUGUCUUUUUUGCACUAGUGUGAAAGAAGAAUUUGUUUUUAUUCUGGAUGAUUUUAGUGCCCCCACCCCCCUUAACAACAUUACAAGCAUUAAGUGUGACCAUCACAGACGACUUGAUGGGCCCUGAAAUAACCUUCACCUCCAGCCUCCUUUCACUAAAACAAGGUUACAGUUGUUACCGCCGUCUUGCAUCACUCUUUUCCCUGAACCCACUGAAACCCACCCCUUCUCAUCGCGCGUCACUCAACUGUGAACAUGGGACGAAGAAAAAGGCGUCCUUUUAUUUUUGUUUUUUUUUUCUUCCCUGGAUUUUUUAAAUGAAAAUGACAUCAAGUAGUUACCCAAAGUCUCUCUAUCCUUGGUUUGAGGAGAAGAGUCCUUUUCUAUUGAUUUGUAUGCGUUCCUGAUGCAGCUCCUGCAUUUUUUAAGGGGGUUUGGCGAUGCGAGGUAAAAACUUGAAAGACAGAUGAUGUUGGUUUAUCGUUACUUGGAUAUGGUUUUCUUCCAAGUUCUAUUUUGAAUUUUAGCUUUCCUUUGUUCUAGAUUUUGGCAAGAAGUCUUUUGUGUAUUUUUUUGUCAUUGUGGAUGCUUCUGUUCGUUGGUGGAUGUGAGAUGGGGCAGAGCUACAGCUGCUGGACCUGUGACAGGUCACCGCUCACCUCACUUCCUGGUAGUAUGGAGGGAUCCCUCCUUCGCUAGCGAGUGAAAAAUCGUGCCUGAAACUUGGCGAGGAGAUCCAUUUUAUUGGUGCUGUUGGUUAUAAUUACUGUAUAACAACACAAUUAAAAAAUCUGGGGGGUUUGCGCCUGCUAUCAACCAGCUCACGCAGCCCCCCCACCCCACAGGGCAGAAAGGCUUUCAGGCUUUUCUGGUUCUAGAUGUGCAAUCGUGUUAACAUUCCAUUCUUCCAGUCCUCUUGUUUCAUCUGUACCAGUAAACAUUAAUUAUUAUAUAUUAUUAUUAUUAUUGUUUUGUUUUUUUAUGUUUGUUGAUGUGUUAUCUCAAGUAGAGCCACUAGAUAAAGAGUGUAAAAUGUGAAAUAUCAAAUCCAAGUUUUUUUUUCUUUAAACAUCUUUUUGCUUUUGCAUUUUUGUCCUUUUUCCAGAUAUAUUGAGUGAUUUUUCAGAGAGGAAAAAGUCCAACACAAACAAAACAUCAUUUUUUUUUGUACAUAAUCCUGUAAAUUUUUUUAAAUACUUGAGCCUUUUUCUGGGGUUAAGAAAGAAAGGAAGGAAUAGAGAAGUUUCAGACAAGAGUGCUCGAUGAAGAAAAAGCCUUACAUUUCCCUUUCUUCAUCCAUGUGAGUGUGACGCUUACAGGGUUGCUCUGGUGAACGUGUAUACAAAUUUUAAGUGCUGCUUAUAUCAUUAAGAAAGAAGAUAUUGAGUAGCCAAUGACUGCCCCCCAACCUAGUUUUGUUUGUUUAGCUUUACUUUUUUAAAGAAAAGGGAAAAAAAGAUAUGUUGAAAAAAAAAUGGGUUUUUACAUUUUCAUUACUGAAAAUUCAACAAAAAUGUAGUAGCUACUCAUGUUGCACUGAGCUUGCCAGUGGUGACUGUCAAGGAAAAUCCUAUAAUCCAGUUUGUUGGUCGUUGUCCCUCGCAGAAGACUGAACUGUUCUAGGACUAUUUAAUGAAAUACCAAGUUGGGUGUUUUCAGCAUAAAAAAAGUGGUUGUCAAGUUUUUAUGGCCUUACAAUAUAUUUUAUUCAGACAGGAUUUCAGUUAUAUUAUUGUUUGUUUCUUCCAUUUUCUACAGUAUAAACUACUUGCUCACAGUGGGGUCUCUGGUGACUUAAUUUAUUAGUGCCGCAUCUCGGCCUUUCCCGCCACUUGGAAAGAGUCUCAUGUUGGUUAUAUUGACUGUUUUUUACUUUUGCAGUUUGUACUUAAGGUUUAAUAAAAACUUACCGACAAUUCACGGUCAUUUCUUUCCCGCA